GCGCGGCGCGGCGGGGGCGCAGCGCUCCCACGGCCGCCCGCAGGGUCCUAGCGCCGCCCGCCGCGCUCCGCUCCUCCAUACGCUCACCAUGAAGGUCGCCGCCGUCUCCCCGUCUCCGUUGCCCGCCGGGCCCGGCGGGGCGUUGAAGGCGGUGAGGCCGGGAGAAGCCGCCCGCUGCGGGCCGGGCCCGGGUCCGGGAGCGAUCGCGGCGGAGCAAGCGGCGGCCGCGCUGCUGUACGAUAUGAAGGGCUGCUACUCGCGCCUAACUCUGGUGCCCACCCUGCCCCGGCACCGGAGGGUGUCCAAUGUGGAGCUGCUGCAGCAUGUCAUCGACUACAUCUGGGACCUGCAGCUCGCGCUGCAGCCCGGGCCCCCCGGCCCCCCAACAACGCCGAGCCCCCCGAUGCUCCGUGCAUGCCCGCUGCCGACCGCAUCCUGUGCCGCUGAGACCACCACGGACCCGCCGGGACCCCCCCCCAGCAGCGCCGCCGCGCUCCGGAUGGGACCCCCGGGCACGGAUGGGAGGGGGCCCGAAGCUGCGGGGCUGCAGCCGGAGCCCCCCCCCCAAGCCGGGGGCUUCGGAUCGUAACCUUCUCAGAUUGCUGAGAGCAUUCCCUGUAUUGUAUAUUACAAUGAUGCUGGAGAAUAUUGUUCUACAAUAGCCGGAGUUUUGUUAUUAAACAAGCCCUGAUUACCAGGCACGCGUCUU